UUAUGAUUUCAUUGCUAAGUACUUGUUACCACUUGCCUUUUUCUGCCUUGGAUGUAGGGAAGCAGUAAUCUUCAGCCCUUUAGCCCACCAAAACCUGAUGAUGUUGCAACUAUUUGCUAUACAAGUGGUACAACUGGAACCCCAAAGGGGGCUGUCUUGACCCAUGCAAACUUCAUUGCAAAUGUUGCUGGGACCACUAUGGAUGAAAAAUUUGGCCCUUCUGAUGUUUAUAUAUCAUAUCUCCCUUUAGCACACAUUUAUGAGCGGACAAACCAAGUCAUGAUAGUGCAUUUUGGCAUUGCAGUGGGAUUCUACCAGGGGGAUAAUUUGAAACUAAUGGAUGAUCUAGCUGCUCUCAGGCCUACUAUCUUCUGCAGUGUCCCUCGGUUGUAUAAUAGAAUAUAUGCUGGUAUUCUUAAUGCUGUUAAAACAUCUGGUGUUCUGAGGGAAAGGCUAUUUAAUGCUGCAUAUAAUGCUAAAAGGCAAGCAUUAUUGAAUGGUAAGAACCCUUCUCCAAUGUGGGACAGAUUAGUUUUCAACAAGAUAAAGGCAAAGCUUGGAGGACGAGUUCGCCUUAUGGUAUCAGGUGCCUCACCUUUAUCACCUGAUAUCAUGGAGUUUCUAAAGAUUUGCUUUGGUGGUCGGGUGACUGAAGGAUAUGGAAUGACUGAGACUUCUUGUGUUAUAAGCUGCAUUGAUGAAGGCGACAACCUUGGUGGUCAUGUUGGAUCUCCCAAUCCAGCCUGUGAGGUAAAACUCGUGGAUGUGCCAGAAAUGAACUAUACAUCUGAUGAUCAGCCCUAUCCACGUGGUGAAAUUUGUGUUAGGGGUCCAAUUAUUUUUCAAGGUUAUUACAAAGAUGAAGCUCAGACGAGGGAAGUCAUUGAUGAAGAGGGGUGGCUCCAUACUGGAGAUAUUGGGACAUGGUUACCUGGAGGUCGUCUCAAAAUUAUUGAUAGGAAGAAGAAUAUCUUUAAGUUGGCACAAGGCGAGUACAUUGCACCAGAGAAGAUUGAAAACGUAUAUGUCAAAUGCAAGUUUGUUGCUCAGUGCUUUGUAUAUGGUGAUAGCCUAAACUCUUCUUUGGUAGCUGUUGUCGCGGUGGAUCCUGAUGUAUUGAAAGCAUGGGCUGCUUCGGAAGGCAUCACGUAUAAUGAUAUAUCACAACUUUGUAAUGAUCCAAGAGCGAGGGCUGCUGUCUUGGCGGACAUGGAUGCUGUCGGACAAGAAGCUCAACUUAGAGGUUUUGAAUUUGUAAAAGCUGUGACUUUGGUGCCUGAACCAUUCACAAUGGAGAACGAUCUGCUGACUCCUACAUUCAAGAUUAAGAGACCUCAAGCGAAGGAGUACUUUGCAAAAGCAAUAUCUGAUAUGUACAGUGAGCUCUCAAAAACUGAUCCUAAUCAGAAGACAUUGUGAUGCUGAAGGCCCUAUAGUAGACAAAAGAAGACGCAUCAUCAAGUGGCCCUCAUCAGAAGCUUCCUCAAGCAUUACCCUCAUAAAAAUAUCCUAUCUUGGAGGAUGACAUUUUAGACGCAUCUUAUAAGAAAGAUCCCAAGGAUACUUCUGUACUGGUAUCGUCUCAAAUAAUAAUGCCUAAAUCAGAUGAACAUUCAUAGGUUUCUUUUUGUCCUUUUCUUUUGAUAAAUGAACAUUCAUAGUAUUCACUCUAUCCAUCUAGUGGAAUAUACAAAUGGAAUAAGGCUCAAUUGUUGAUGUAUUUACUUACUGUUCUUUCGGCAUUAUUAUUUUUUACAAUAAGAUAUUAAGAUGCGUUAUUUUUA